AUGACUGUCGGCUGUGCAGUCAGCACAGGUGUACCAUGGCAUCCUGGGAAACAGGGCUAUUAUGAGAAUUUCAGCAACGAACCUGCUGCUGAAGCGGCCUCAAAGUUUGAGCAGGCGAAAGCGUCUUCAACACAAGGGCCGGAGUUCGAUGCAUCUCAGGCUCUUCAGCCUGGUCCGUCAUAUUGGUGCAGCGCUGGGCAUCAUCCCGACGAUGAACAAGUUACGUGGAGCGCAACCAUGGAAGCCCCAACAGUUCUCCGUGGUUUACGAGUCGCAUGGGCGUAUUCCCCCGAGCUGGUUCAAGUGUCAGUGUCUUCAGAUGGUAGAAACUGGGUUGUUGCAAGCCCUUUCAAGAGAACCCCUAGUAAUGACGUGGCAUUCAAUGAGGACUUAUUCUUUGACCAUCCACACACUGUGAAAGCAGUCAUGAUAACAAUGCGGAAAUGCCUACAUGAUUACUUCGGUAUCAGCGAAAUAACACCGAUCGAAACAGGAGAGCCGCUGUUGAUGAUUGUCAGCGGAAUUACGAGCAAAGAGGAGAUGUGCCUCCAGGUAGAAGGUGGUGCAUACAACAAGGAAGGCGCUCACGUUGUGCUGGAUGCUUGCAGCCGAGCAAUCGCAGCUGGUGAUGGACGAGAAAUAUGGGUCCACAACAUGAACAACCAGAUUGUAUCCAUGAGAAGCAACCCGAAAAAGUGUAUCACGCUUCAGGAUGGAAAGAUCGAGGAUAACGGUGUACUCGUAUUAACCGACUGCAUCACGGCGCUCGAAGAGGGCGACGGCCGAUCAACAUGGACAGCCGAGCCGAAUUCCCAGCUUCGUCUCGGGAAAGCAGGGUUUUAUUGCAUGACGCAGAACAAUGUACACGGCUCUGAACCGGGAACAGGAGACAUCGCCACAUCCUUUGGAGCCUCUGCCAUGUGUGAUAGUUCAGCCGGUGCAGGCCAUGACCCUGCUAUGGCACUGGACCGAGAUGUGAACACCUUUUGGGCUUCUGGAUCGUUUCCUGAUGCUGAAGAGCACCUCGUCGCUUUCGAUAUUAACCUGGGAAAGGCCGCACGUCUUGCUGCUCUUCGUAUCGACUGGGAAUAUCCUGCCCUGGGUUACAAAGUGCAGGUCAGCACCGACGGGAAAGACUUCAGCGAUAUGAUAGAAACGGAGGCAAAUCCCUCCAAUGUGACGCUCGACAUGCUGCCUGGGCCGACGGCUCAGCACGUGCGAAUAUUAAUGACGCAUCCGCACACAACAAAUGGGAAAGUGGGGGACGAAUACGUGUAUGGAAUUCGAGAGGUCUUUGCUUUGGCUAGCCGCCUUGAAACCGGUGUGGCAGAUUGCAAGGAAGCGGCAAACACGGAUGACGCUCGAGACAAAUAUUUCCUGCUGCCUAUUCAUGAAUUCGACUUGGAAAUCGCCGAGAAAAUGCAAUCAUUAGAGGAAGACGUCUUAUCACGCUCGAAGACUCUGAGCAAAAAAUCGAAGGAGCUCAUGUCAGGAAUGACAAGAGCUCACACUUGUGUGGCGGAAAAGGAGGAAUUCACCAAAAGAAUUGAAGCAUUGAAGGAAACUACAUCUUCAGUUAAACGGGAACUCCUUACCCUAUCCCAUGGUUCGGCCGGUGUGGUACAGGAGCUUGGGUUUCUUCCAGGCGAUUCCCCAGACAAUCCGGCUGAGGACUGUUUUGAGGCGAGAAACAGCGAUCCUGAUGCUCCGUCCGGGUUCUACUGGAUCCUUCCCCGCUGCGCGCCUCACCCCCUUCGAGCUUUUUGUGACAUGAAGACCAAUACUUCGAUGUACUUUUGGAAGAAUCAUGGUGGUGGCGCAGGGAAUAGCUCAAAAGUUCAUUCUCUGUCGUCACUCCGUUUACGUUGCGCGGAGCAUGGUCUGGAGCCGUUGGUGGUGAACUCCCCUGAGCAGCUUAGUGCCCUCCGCGUAGCGCUCAAGCAGAUUGGCAAGUUCAGAUCAAUUGCAAUGACAAAGCAGGAGGAGUACAAAAUCUAAAUCGCUGCAGGACUUAGCGAUGAAGAGAAUGGAGUUGUGCCUUUGGCGCAGGAUGUGGGCUGCUUGGAAGGAAAGUGUACAGGCACAUACAUGGAUCUUUUUUCCGGCGCGACGGACUUGACCUCUCUGCUGGGAGAAGGCGCAACUUCGAAUGACAGCCCUGUUGUAUCUCCCACAGUGGGCCUACGUCUGCCUGGGGCACAUACAACCUAUUUCAACUUGGAGACAGCAAAUAUCGCGGCAGUAGUCUGCUCAACAAAUGCAGUACAAGGACAGACGGCUCUACCGCACAUCGAUAUCGGUUGUGAAACCGUGGCCGCACAGCACCCCGCCUUUUUUGGCAUAGCGAAUACUAACGUGGUCGUCGAGUGCCCACCGGGUUGUGCCGACGCCGUGUCACUGUCUGUCUAUGGCACUGAUGGAGUUUACUCCGAUUUGAGUUCCAUCUGCAGAUCAGCAAUCCAUGCUGGCGUAAUAAAGUCUGGAGGGAUUGUCAGCGUUUCCCUGGAAAGCAGCCUGCCGGCCUACCAGGGGUCAAUCAGCAACGGGAUCAAGUCUGAGCCUCUCAACACCCCCAAUACAAUUGAACUACGCAACGAAAUCCAGGGGGCAGAACCUAUUGCAGGACUGCCUAGCAAAAGACGGGGCAGAGUGACACGUAGCAUUCGGAUAGUACCUGUUGCAAAGGACUGCCCAAUAGAGAGCCUUUCGUCUCUCGCAACCUCCUUUCUAGAGCUCGAGUCCUACAGUCGACUGAGUUCUGCAACCACAGAGACACCACACGAAAAGGCCGAGGACGUCUUGAUUGAUCCAGCGAUUGCCGCGAUGAUGAACAACGUACUGCAAGCUAUGGAUGAGGUGCAUGGGCUCGACCCCGUAUAUGUCUUUGGGGCACAGAGCAGCGCUGCUGAAGCUGUUUCGAGCCUAGAGGAGGUUCUGAAGCCUGCUGAUGUACUUCAGAAGAAAACAUUUACCGAGACGAGCAACCUGCUUCUGGAGGCCGAGGGUGUGGCAUCCACCCUGCUGAACGCUUCAGGAUCCGUUUCGAACAAACUGGAUGGUCUGGUUUCUCAGCUGGAGAAAGUGGAACGGCAGCGGCUGAGUCAAAUCGGAUUCGAGUCCUUCGCCCUCAAUUACACACGAGACGCUUUUCAUGAGGUGUUUGAAGUGUUUGAUAGUCUCAGAACGGCAGGUGGACCCAGCCACUGGGGAUACGCGGAAAAAGAGUUAGAUGGAAGGAAGAUAACAAUUGGGCAAACCUCUGAUGUGAAAGGGAAGAGGCCGACCGACGGUACCUUUGCUUUUCUCAAGGGGCACAGUUUUUUCGAUGGAGUUAUUCAUGCGGAUUUCUAUGCGUUUGACAAGGGAACAGUCGGAGUUGCAUUCCGGCUGCGCGAUCCCCAAAACACUUUUCUUCUUUGCUUUAAUGGCGAACAAAACAGCAUCCAGCUGUUCCGCGUAGAGGAUGGGGAAUCCUUUCUUCUGGCGCAAACAGAGGGAGUCCCCGCGUACAGAGAGAGCGCCUGGAAUCGCGUGCGGAUUGAAAUGCACCAAGGCCGCAUAAAGGUUGCAGUCGAAGACACCACACAAAUCUGGCAGUCAUUGAUUGAUGUUUUCGACGAGCGAUUUCUCUCCGGGACAGUUGGUCUCUUUGUUUCGGGUGUAAAACGGGGGGUCUUCUUCGACGGCGUUCGAGUGGAUGCAGCCGAAUGCUCCUCAAUUAAAAGCGAAGGAACUUCUACGGAAGAAGCCCAAGAGUGUUUUCAAGCCGUUCAUCCACUAGAACGACAACAAGAGUGCUCUUUGAUGGAUCAAAACAACGAGACCGAGAAAUGCGCAGCCAACUUUUGCACACGCUGCUGCAGCAACAGCACAGUGCUAUUGGGAGCUGCAGAGCGACAUCAGUGCUUACACCAAUGCAGAAAAAACGAAACUCAGGCGACUGAACUGCGUGUACACGUUGACAAAAUGCUGGAGGAUUGCACAGAUGUGCAGGGAGACGGAUUCGCCCACUGCAAACAGGGGGACGUCGCCUGUGAGCGGCAAGCCUGCGCGUUCUGCUGCGAAAGUAGUGACAAGGGAGAAGAACUGCGGGCAGAGUUGCUGGUGCACGUUCGGAAAAAUAGAGCUAAGGAAAUCAAGGCAUGUCAACAGAACUGCCAAAAUCUUGGUAUAUUGGAUACAUCAGUCCCUGCCGUCGUCUCAAACUGA